AUGCUCAAGCAGAUCUUUGGCCCGGUAUCAAUUGUAAAAACGUUCGAGACCGAGGAGGAAGUCCUGAGAUUGGCCAACGACACCGAAUAUGGAUUGAUGUCCGGCGUCUUCACCCAGGAAAAUACUAGGGCACUACGAUUCGCCAAAGGUCUUGAUACGGGAGUCGUUGGCGUCAACUGUGUUAGCUUCAUGAACAUGCAAGUGCCGUUCGGCGGCCGCAAGCAGAGUGGCAUCGGAAGAGAGUUCGGAGAGUAUGCUCUUCGGGCCUACACAGAGCCGAAGACGAUUCUGAUCAAGUGA